AUGAACACCCUUAUUAGACGUAGUUUAAAUUUUAACCGUGCUUUUGUUAGAGCAUCAACAAACAGCAUUGGUAAUAAAUCAUCAUCAUAUAGUAUUAGACAUUUCACAACUGAAAAUAAAGAAGCUACACCAGAAGCUGAAAAGAAACCAGAAGAAGAAAAAAAAGAAAGUUCAGAAGAUAUUAUUAAAAAGUUACAAGAAGAAUUAGAAGAAACCAAAAAACAAUUAUUAUAUACCGCUGCUGACAGAGAAAAUGUACGUAGAUUCGGAAAAGAAGAAAUGGAAAAAGCAAAGAAGUUUGGUAUUCAAUCAUUCACCAAAGAACUCUUAGAAGUUGUUGAUCAAUUAGAAAUGGCCACUUCACAAUUCCCAGAAGAAAAAUUAGCUGCUAAUAAAGAAUUAAAAGAUCUUCACGAAGGUGUUAAAAUGACAGAAAAUUUAUUUUUAAAGAUUAUGGGCAAACAAGGUUUAGUUCUCAUCAUGCAAUCUAUGAAAUUGAUGAUCCAUCCAAAAGAACCAGGUACCAUUGGUAAUGUUGUUAAACAAGGUUAUAAAUUACCCGAUAGAUUAGUAAGACCAGCUAUGGUUGGUGUUAUCAAAGGCAAAAAAUAA